AAUGGAGUUUCUAGUUGUCCUUGUGAUGGUAUUAUUAGGAAGUAGCAUCAAAGCCUAUGGUGCAAUUAAUCAAGUUUCUUGGAGAGAAAUCAGCAACAUCAAUAACAAAGGACCAUAUAUUGGUAUAGUUGUGCCAAAUGCCUUUGAAUUGAACCCUCUUCUUCAAUCAUCCAGUUUUGUGCCUCAUAAUAAGUUUCCUUACUUUGACUUUGCUGGAAAAAAAUUUCGCAUCGGUGAAUUGGAAAAGAAAAAGGUUAUAGUUGUUAUGAGUGGAUUGAGUAUGCUAAAUGCAGGUCUUGCCACCCAAUUGUUGCUUACUUUAUUUAAUGUAAAAGGAGUUCUACAUUAUGGAAUUGCUGGUAAUGUUAAUUCUAAAUUUCAAAUUGGAGAUGUAACUAUUCCACAGUAUUGGGCUCACACAGGACUUUGGUUUUGGCAGAGGUUUGGAGAUAACUCUAAUGACGUAGAGACUUCAGGUUUCAGUAGAGAAUUAGGUUAUUUGAAGUUUUCUCAUUACAAUAACUACACAAAAUAUUCCAAAUCAGUGGAAAAUCUUUUAAGCAAAGUUUGGUAUCAAUCAGAAGAAAUUUUUCCUGUGGAUGGAACUCCUGAAGUGUUGCAACAUGCCUUUUGGGUCCCAGUUGAUAAAACUUACUUUGAAAUUGCAAGAAAGCUCAAGAAUGUUGAAUUGGAUAGUUGUGUAAAUACAACUUGCUUGCCAAGAAAGCCUAUUGUGGUGAGAGUAAAGAAAGGUGUUAGUGCCAAUGUGUUUGUUGACAACAAAGCUUAUAGAGAUUUUUUGAACUCCAAAUUUGAUGCUACUCCAACUGACAUGGAAAGUGCUUCUGUUGCUUUAGUAUGUUUCCAACACAAAAUACCUUUCAUUGCCAUCAGAUCAUUGUCUGAUUUAGCUGGAGGAGGCUCAUCGUCGACUAAUGAAAUAUCUAUCUUUUUAUCAUUAGCCUCACAAAAUGCAUUUAAUGUUCUUGUCAAAUUUAUCUCAUUAUUGUAAUUUAGUAUAUCUAAUGUGGUGUUUCUCAAAGUUUAAGCUAGGAUUAUAUAUCAAAUCCUCGCUUAUAUGUAUUCAAAAUAAAGGCGAAAUGAAAUCUACUUUUUUUUUUU